UCAAAAAAAAAAAUAUAUAUAUAUACACAUAUAUAUAUCAUCGAUACAUAUACGUGUGUACACACACCGAGACACACACACACAGAUGCGUACGGACGUAUAUAGGGCUGUAUAAAAAAAAAAAAAAAAAUAAAAAAAAAAAAAACACACACCACAGAAGGAGGAGAGACAAACGCGGGUGGAUUUCUGGUGCCCGAGGAAGGGGGGAGCAGCCGCCCCGCCGCCGCCGCCGCUGAGUUGAGAAUGAAUGGUCCUGGAUUUAAGUAACACGCAGUGCACAGGUUUCAAAGUUGGAAGGGAAAGCAUCACCCUUCUGUGGCAAGAGGCACCUGUAAGGAAAACUUCCGCAUAUCAAUGCACUGCCAAUGGUGGUGUAAUACCAAGGGCUGUACUGCUGCCACAUCUCAAUUUUGUGGGGUUUCAGAGAGUAGUUCUGGGUUGUGUCCUUUGUUGUGACCUCAUGGUUUAACUGGGAAUAAAGAUGAGUAUAAGCAGUGAUGAGGUUAACUUCCUGGUAUAUAGAUACUUGCAAGAGUCAGGGUUUUCCCAUUCAGCAUUUACCUUUGGUAUAGAGAGCCAUAUCAGCCAGUCUAAUAUAAACGGUGCUCUGGUGCCACCAGCUGCUUUGAUUUCCAUCAUCCAGAAAGGUCUGCAGUAUGUAGAAGCAGAAGUCAGUAUUAAUGAGGAUGGUACCUUGUUUGAUGGUAGGCCGAUAGAGUCUCUCUCACUGAUAGAUGCAGUAAUGCCUGAUGUGGUCCAGACAAGACAACAGGCCUACAGAGAUAAACUCGCACAACAGCAGGCGGCCGCCGCUGCAGCCGCAGCCGCGACUAACCAACAGGGAGCAGCGAAAAAUGGGGAAAAUACUGCAAAUGGAGAAGAGAACGGAGCACAUACUAUAGCAAAUAAUCACACAGAUAUGAUGGAAGUAGAUGGAGAUGUUGAAAUCCCUCCCAACAAGGCAGUGGUGCUGCGUGGCCAUGAGUCUGAAGUGUUUAUCUGUGCCUGGAAUCCCGUUAGUGACCUUUUGGCCUCAGGAUCUGGCGAUUCGACAGCACGGAUAUGGAACCUCAGUGAAAACAGCACGAGCGGGUCUACGCAGCUGGUACUUCGACACUGUAUACGAGAAGGAGGGCAGGAUGUACCCAGCAACAAAGACGUGACAUCGCUGGAUUGGAACAGUGAAGGUACACUUCUAGCAACUGGGUCUUACGAUGGCUUUGCAAGGAUAUGGACUAAAGACGGUAAUCUUGCCAGCACCUUAGGGCAACAUAAAGGUCCUAUAUUUGCGUUAAAAUGGAACAAGAAAGGAAACUUCAUUUUAAGUGCAGGAGUGGACAAGACCACAAUUAUUUGGGAUGCCCACACUGGCGAAGCCAAGCAGCAGUUUCCUUUCCAUUCUGCACCAGCAUUAGAUGUUGAUUGGCAGAGUAACAACACGUUUGCCUCUUGCAGUACAGACAUGUGUAUUCACGUCUGUAAACUAGGACAAGAUAGGCCCAUCAAAACCUUCCAGGGUCACACAAAUGAAGUAAACGCAAUCAAAUGGGAUCCAACUGGUAAUCUUCUGGCAUCCUGCUCUGAUGAUAUGACUCUAAAGAUCUGGAGUAUGAAACAAGACAGUUGUGUCCAUGAUUUACAAGCACACAACAAAGAAAUUUAUACUAUCAAAUGGAGUCCUACAGGACCAGGAACAAAUAAUCCAAAUGCCAAUCUUAUGUUAGCAAGUGCAUCCUUUGAUUCUACUGUUAGGUUAUGGGAUGUAGACAGAGGAAUUUGUAUUCAUACUCUGACAAAGCAUCAAGAACCUGUGUACAGUGUAGCUUUCAGUCCUGAUGGCAGGUACCUGGCCAGCGGCUCCUUUGAUAAAUGUGUACACAUCUGGAAUACACAGACAGGUGCCCUAGUUCACAGUUAUCGGGGAACAGGAGGGAUUUUUGAGGUUUGCUGGAAUGCAGCAGGAGACAAAGUUGGAGCAAGUGCUUCAGAUGGUUCAGUUUGUGUAUUAGACCUACGGAAAUAGCGCUACUAGUUGGAAGCCAUGGACCGACUAUGAAUGUGUACAUAGCCAAAAUGACUGUCCCUGACCCAUGUACUGCUAUAGUCCCAAUUGAACCAUGGCCAGUCCACUACAGCCAAACGUAAAAGAAAUAUAUACAUAUACUGUAUAUAAAAAAAGAAAAAGAGGAAAAAAAAAAAAUAAUUACACCCUGAAGAGGAUGACAGAGUUUUGUCACAGCUUGUGAAUCCUGUUCACCAAGUGCUGGAAUCUGCUGUGCCCCAAAAUAACAUUUAAAGGUUUUGGAUAUGAAAAACAGAAGAGACAGCGAGAGAGAGAGAGAGAAAUAUACCGUAUACAAGAGCAGACCCAUAUACAUACCAAAUUCAGAAGAUACUAAUGGCAGCCUUCAUUACCCCUUCCUCCCUUUAAAUCCAUUACGACAAUGGAUUGGGGGGGAUUUUUGUUUUCCUUCUCAGUAGUUGAGCAGUUUGUGUGUACAGAGAAAACGGACUUACAGAAAUCUGCAGCAGUAGCUUUUUUUCUUUGCUUUUAACCAUUGGGUUUUCUGUUUUGGUUUGGUUAAGUUUACGGAUGCAUGAAGUAAGGGAGUGAAUUAGUUUCUUGUUUAUAUAUAUAUAUUAUUUUUUUUUUCACCUUGGAAAAAAACCAUGUUUCUUUGAAACAUAUUUUAAUGCAUUCUUUGAAAAGGUAGAUUGAACCUGAUAACGUUUGGUACAUUUUGUGGCUCCCAGAGCACAAUUUUGUGAACAGAGGGAGGGUGGAAAAGGGAUUAUGGAGAGAGAAGAAAAAAAAAAAAAUAAAAAAAUCCUUCUUUGAGGCGUGAUAUUUCACGUCCUGCUCAUCUACGAAGUAUGACAGGAAUGGGUAUAAUGCUAUGUUUUAUUUUCUGGUGACAUGGCUGAAAUGCAGUAGUUUCUUAUUUGGGACAUAAUUCUGCCAAACUUAAGAAUAGAAGGGCACAAAAAUACAGAAAAGAAAAAUACAGGGAUGCAAAAAUACAUACAAGAAAAAAAAAAAAAAAGGACAAAAAAAGAGGAAAAAAAAUGCAUCUUCUGUUGCUUUAAGACCAUAGCUAAAAUAUGGUUAAAUUGUGCACUAUUGUGAAAAGGAGCAAAGUAUAGCUGGGGGAUCGUUUUUAAGAGGUUAAGAUCUUUCUGGACAAGGGUUCAUGCCACAGCUUCUCCGAGAGUUGCCCAUCGUAUUUGUAGGAGCUUAGAUGUAUAAUUGUAACCAAACUCCAGUAUUAAAAGUAUCUCAUGUAAUUUUUCUUUAUUAAAAUAAAAUCUUUGGCAUAUAUUUGAUAACACUGCCAUUAAGAGGCAAAAUGUUUACUACCUUAGAUUUAAAAAAAAAAAAAAUAAUAAUGAUCUUAAACAGAGGACUUGCUUCAAGUUUAUUUUAAUAGCAGUGAUUCAGCUUAUUUAAAAGAUGAAUACUUGCACUAAUUCCCCUGCUGCUCCAGUCCUGCAGUUUAUUGUAUCUUGUGACUACAUUUUUUUCCAAAUAUAGGGUAGAAGUAAGCUGCUAUUUUUUUAAUAAUCACUACUAUAUAGUGUCUUUUACUCUGUUUACAAUAUCAAGUAUUUUUCUUACAAUGACAGAUGUAUAUGGCAAACCUUUUUCUGCUCAUGUGAUUAAAAGUAUACUGAUAGUGAUUUUAUUUGUAAAUGAUAGCAUGAGGUUGUGUUUACGCGUAUGUGUAGUCGAAAAGGUUGCAUCAUGUCUUGCAUAAGAUUCCAAGAGUGUAAAUUUAUAAAAAGAGAGGUUGUCAAAUUUAUGUCACAGGCAUUUUACUUAAGGAAUGGUUUAUAUUACAGAGCUUUGCAAAGUUAUCAGUUUUAUAACACUAUCUCAAUCACAAAUAAUUUUGUGGCUUAUGAUUGCUAGUCUCAAACUUCUGUUUUGUUUUAACUUCCCCCCCCCCCAAGUUACCUAUAAAUUGAUUUAAUUGAGAUAAUGCAGCUUUGACAUUUUAACCAUUGUUCUUUAGGCAUUGAUUUCUGCUAUUUCCAUGGAAUAAACACGACUUGAAGCAAGUCUGAGUUUGGCUAAGGUAGGGUAGCAAUUUGCCAGUGGUAAAGAGAAGUCAACAAUACGUUCUUUAUAUAUACCCCAGGAUUAUAUUACUAUCAUACACAGCGUUUAAAACCAACAAAAAGUCAUAUCCAUAAAGGCAGUCAUCCGCGGUGGUUCGGUGCCAGCUAUUUGUAGGGUUUUUUUGGAACAUAUUACGAAUGUUUAAGAGCAAUUGCCCUGUGAGUUACAAUAUGUAGGAAACCUAAUAUAUUGAGUGUCUGGCACUUGAAAUAUUGCUUCUAUUGCUGGAGGUCCAUGACUGUGGCUGACCUCUGUCAUUUAAUGGAGAAAAAAAAAAAAAAAAUAAAAAUAAAAAAAAAAAUUCUGUGCAAUAAUUUUAAACUGUGCUCCCAGGAAUAGACACAAAUGUUUUGAGUAUGUUUAAGCUGCAUUUUUCGUUUAGCAAUGCAUUUGUCAAUUGCACUGAAUUUAAAUCUGAAAGUCAGAAGUGAUUCUUGAUAGUACUUUUGUAUUUUAAUAUGGACAGUUUCUUCAUUUUCAUAAAAGUUACGGGAUGAUUUCUUUCAGCCAAUCUAAACAAUUGUGGUGGAAUUCUGUGACAUAGCUGCAAAAAUCACCCAGCCACGUUUUAGGGUAUUGCCAUUGUCCUCUUUCUCGAUCAUCAGCUGUUUUGGUUGUAAUUCUGGUUGCUUAGGCGUAGUGCCACGUAUGCAGAAAUAGACGAAACGGAGCUUCAGUAUCACAGGUCCAGGGGUUUUCAGGUGCUGGAAGGACCGGCAGGAAGGUGGGAUCUGUCGACUCACGUGCUCCGGGGGCGCGGGCUGAGCCCCCCCAGCCCGCUGUUGGUCAGCAGUGUCCCCGGUAGCGGAGCGAGGCCGGUUUCCACGAGCGAAGGGAAGGAUCUGGCCAGUCGCUGUUUUAUCGUUGUCCUUGACUAGCAUGCCACAGUGCUGCUCCUGCUCACACCUCUUCUCCCCUCUUCUUUUAUAGACUGUUAAAUGCAUGCGUGCAAGGUGUGCUAGGUUCUGUGAUUAUGUGAAGCAAAAAUUUUUAUUUUUUUUUUUAAAAAGAGAACCGUGACAUUAAUUAUUACGUUUUAUAGCGCAAAGACCUCGUGUUCAAUAGCGAGGUAGACCAUCCGAGUUGUUCCUUUGAGCACGCCAGGUGUCAGUAAGGCCCUCACUUUAUAGAAACGUGCGCACGGGCUUAGUCUUACGGACCGAGUCGUUCUGUUGGUUUCCAAGUGUAAAGGCAAACGUGUGCAUGAGCCUUUGCCUACAUUGCGGUUCCUAUUUUUUUUCCGGUUCAACAGGUUAAUGGGCAAAUAUCCAAAUAGAGGGUAAAAGGAAGGGGGAAAACGGGGCUCAGGAUGAGCGAUGGAGUAAGAAACGAACUGCUCUCGAGUUCGCUGUCUUUCUGUGCAUCCACCUCAGAACCCCGAUGCGCAUCUCUGCGUUAGGUCCAGGUUUCUGUAGAGUUCCUCUUUUUCUAUUUUCGCUUUACCUUUUUCUGCAUUUUUAAAGUGAUGUAGAGAUUCCCAACCGGUGGACUUCUUAGUGUAGUUAAGAGAAUAUCUAGGUCCUCAUAAAAGCUUUUUUAGACUCUUUGUAAUGUUGAUAAACUCAGUUUAUUCUGGGACUACAAUUGUGCAGGGUUAUUUAGCGUGUCUACUAGAUGAUUGGAAAUCUUAUAUGAAACACUAAAAGUGCCUCUUUUUCUGGGUUGGGUGGAGGGAGGUAAUAGUUACCAGAGUCAGAACGACAUGGCAUUUUGAAGCAUGUUUCUUGAUUUCAUGACACUUUAAUGCAUCUUGAGAGAAAAGGCCAAAGAUUUCUACCAAUUUUAAUUAAUUUUCAUUUUUAAAAAAAAAAAAAAAAAAAAAGCACUCCUUUUUCCUUACACUGCUUACCUCAUGCUAGGGUAUUUAAUGGGACGUUGUACCUUUGAAAUGUUCUUUGUGUUUAGGAAGAAUAGUAGGUGGCGUAGGGCGGUCGUGCCAGUUUGCCUCCGGAGCCAUCAGCAGCCGACGCGUUUAGUUCUGCCGAAUGAAGGAAUUUCAUUAAAAUCGCAAACUGGGUUUUUUCAGCCUGUAAAUAAAAGGUUGUAUGUUUUUGUCUGUUUAGCGGAGAGGAGCCUUGGGACCCGAUUUUGUUUUCCCCGCCCUGAUCUUUACUUAACCAGAAAUCCCGUUGUCUUUCACUUCAUGAGAUCAACCUUGCCAGAACGAGCGUUGGAGGCGUUGGGUCCGUGUCGUGGCGCGGAGGUAAAACGAGAUGUGGGGGUAAAAUGAGAUGCGGGGGUAAAACGAGACCCAUCUCACUCGAGCCAAGACCCCCCUUGGCGUCGGCGGGGCUUUUCCCAGAGCAGGACCUGCCGGGUUUAGCCCAGGGUUCCUUUCUCGUUGACACGCGCGCGAGCUUCUCCCUUCACAAAGCCCUGUAGAGCCGUUCCCCAGAGGGACCAGUUUCUCCAGAAGUCUGAAGAAAAGCAGAAGCAACAUUGUGGCAUGUUAGAAGCAAAAUCUCUGGCUUCGGGAGACAGCAGUAAAUCUCCAUCGAGAUCCCUGACACUUUUCCGUAGGGAGAGAGCCGUGGAGCAGCCUUCGCUCCUCCCUCUAGAGAAAGCUCUGAAAUCCCCCGUUGUGUGAAAGCGGGACUUGUCUUCUCCGUCAGUCCAAGGGAAGGCAGACCAACCAGGAAAAUCCGCCGUUCGGUGCGGAUUGCAGAUUUAGUGUUAAUAGUGCUUCAGAUCAGUAGUUUUGAGUACAUAAUUCGCUUUCUCUGCCUUUAAGUUUGAAGCUUGACAAUAACUUGAGGCAUGUUUUUGUUUUCUUUUUUCUUUUGUUUUCUUUUUUCUUCUUUUUUUUUUUUUUUUUAAAAUAAUCAUUCAUUUCUACUUCAUAAUGCUUUUUGACAUUUGUGGGUAAAUACAGGAAAACAGUCUGCAUGUUGUUGCUAGUCCAGUGUACUUUGCAAUCUUGUCCUCAACAGACUGCGGUGUGCAGAACAGUAAUUCUAGAAUACAGAAGUAAUUUUCUCUCUCUCCUGACAUUGACAUUGUAGUUGUAAUGGUUUCAUUUUGGAGUUACAAAUCCUUUGGGUCUAAUUCUGUGAGCCUACCUAUAGCACUGGAUUAAAAUGUCUGCAUCAUUUCUUCAGUUAUCCAGUUAAAUUACAACUGUUGUAAGAGUGUAAACCAGCCCAUGACAGUUUUUUGUACUUGUUUAAAGGACUUUUAUUGUUCAGUUUUCAUGAUUAUUGUCUAAAGAAGACUGAUAUAGAUGUUCUAUACUGUCCUGGACCAUGUUAAUUACACUUUAUGAUGUAUUUUGGUUCUACAUCACAAUGAUUUGUCCCCAAGGCCCUUAUAUCCCUUCUAGGCACAUUUUCUGUUGCAGUUUCCCUUUGCAUUGUAUUGCUUUGACAACUGUAAUUUGAAUCAGAUCUGAAAGAGGUCCAGAAUAAAAUAUAUUUUGAUAU